AUGUCGUUCUCUACAGAUACAUUCUUCAUGUUUGCGGUUAUGCUAUUCGCGUUCUGCUUCGGUUGGGUCUUCUUUCUUCACUACCUGUUCAAGAAUUACGAAUGCCACAACAGAGGCGCCCAGAUUAUCUUCUCGUCGGUAUUCUGCCUUUCCUUUUCGCUACUCGUUCUGAUCAUUUUCGAAAUACUAGACAUACUGAAUCGCGACUCUCGCAAACUGCACUGGAAAGUUAAUUUGUUUCUCAUUCUUUUCGAGUGUGUUGUAAUUAUUCCUUAUUCGAUUUUCUACUUUUUGUGCAAUAUUCAUCCAUUCUUCUUCCGUUACCGUCGUGGAGCCGCCAUUAUCGGAUUACUGUUAUGGCUUUGGAUCUUCUGGAGUUUCGGAUCGCCCUUCCCUUUUAAAGUAACCGGGUUGAUGGAGCCAGUUAUAUCCAGAGUUGGCGUUCUAGGCGUGACAAUGAUGGCUAUUCUUUCUGGUUUUGGUGCUGUGAACUCUCCUUACACGUACUCUGCCUAUUUCCUUCGCCAAGUGACAGAAGACGAUAUCGAGUGCAUUGAAAAGAAAUUGCUCAACACGUUUAAUGUCAUUGUCUCCAAAAAGAAGCGUUUCGCCCAAAUACGGCAUGAAGCCUACAGUCGCCACGAGAGACCAGCUACAAGUGGAUGGUUCUCUUCGAUGAGGAGUCCCCCGGCUCCACCCGUGAGCAUUCCGAAAGAAGAAAUACAUGAACUAAAUUCGUAUGAGGAGUUAUCUCGCCAGCUCUACCUCGAAUUGGUUGACUUACACAACACUAAGAAGCGAAUAAGCGAGUCGAAGACGAUAAAAGGUCGAUGGUUCAAUUUCCUUGGCUAUUUCUUCUCGAUUUACUGCGCUUACAAAAUCUUCAUGUGUACGAUAAACAUUAUUUUCGACCGCGUUGGAAAGAAAGAUCCGAUUACUCAAGGAUCCGAGAUUUUAACGCAGCGACUUGGAAUGGAUGUUGAUUUAACAGCAUUCGCGCAGCCACUUUCGUUCGUCAUGGUCGGAGUUCUAGUGUUGACUUCAAUACGUGGUCUACUUAUCAACCUAACCAAGUUCUUUUAUGCUAUAUCGUCUUCUGAAACAUCUAAUGCGAUUGUCAUGUUCUUCGCGCAGCUAAUGGGAAUGUAUUUUGUCAGUUCCGUUCUUUUAAUGAGAAUGAACGUCCCGCCGGAAUACCGAGAGAUUAUCACAGAAGUUCUAGGAGAAAGUCUACAAUUCAAGUUUUACCAUCGCUGGUUCGAUAUAAUCUUUCUCAUCUCUGCGUUGCUGUCUAUUCUAUUUUUGUACAUUGCUCACAAACAAGCUCCUGAAAAAAUGAUGGACAAGAAUUUAGCCCAGUUCAAGCUCAGCUCUGCUUUCGAUUAA